GACCAUCGAAAUUCAACUGAGCCAGUGCCAUCAACAGGAUGGUAUUGAGAACAGCUCCCUAUCAACUGUUAUUCCAAGAAAAAAAAAUACAGAUAUUCAAUCGUUCAACGAAUUGUAAUGGUAUACGAGGAAACAUACACCAAAUCUCUGUCCAUGCACAAACCAAGGCGUGGAUCAUCGAUCAGCGUCAAGAUUCAGUCAGGUACGGAACGAUGUGUGCGGCAGUGUACUGUAGACAUGCGUCCCAGUUCAUCCUCCUGCACAAGCACAGAAAAAGAAGAGCAAGCCCCAGAUCAGAUACAAUAAAUAUUCCACAGGCUGAGAGACAAGCUCAAGCUGGUUAGGUUUCAAAGCUCAAGCACAAGAAGCACUUACAGCAAGUAAAUAAAUUGAAUCCGGCUGAAACUUACCGUGUUGUAACAAGUCCAACAUGUAAAUAAAUUGAACAGCUCCCUAUCAACUGUAAAUAAAUUCAACACAUGAACCAUUAUUUCUACCAUUGACAGAAUUCCAACACGUAAAUUUUCCUGCAAUAAAUAUAAAUUGUUGCCUUCCGCGGCCAGUAACAAGUCCUUGAGGUAAUUAAAUAUUCUUUUGUUCGACGUACCAGCUCAAAAGUGAAUAAGGGAAACAUUUUAGAGAAUAGCUCAAGACAAGCAGCUUCAAUUUCUCUAUGGAAUUACCAACUAAAGAAGUUGCAUGAUCCAAUAAACAAAGAAAUACUAUCAAACAGGAGAUACCAUCAAAUGAAAACUCUGCUGCAAUAUUACCUCAAUUCCGUUCAGUAGACAGAGGAAAAUUGCAAAUUUUGCCGGAAUUCUGUCCCUGCCUUCAACUCCUUUUUAGGGAUUUCUGGGUCAUUUUUCCACAGGCAUGAUUAAAGAAAGAAAGGAGAAAUAGAUGGCGGCAGACACUGAAGCAAAGCCAUCCAGCAGAAACUUCCACUCAACUUAUGAAGAAAAGAAGACAGUACACCAGGGAGGUUUCCUUGCUAGGUUUUCAUCUACCUAUCAUCCUUUUCUCACGCAGAAACACAGGAAACGACCGUAUUUGCUGGGCCCAGCUGCCAAAGGAAAAAAAAUGACAGAGAUGGCGAAAGAUACUGAAGAAAAGCCAUCCAGCAGCAGCUUCCAAUCAACUCCUUUUCAAAGCAAAAAAAAAAAAAAAAGCUUCCACCCAACUCCUUUUCGAAAGAAUAAAGCAUCCAUUCAACUGCUGUGUGUUGACUGUGAGGACCUCAUAACAAUGGAUGACAGACUGGUUAAAUACUCAUCAACAGAGUUGCAUUGUGUAUUGAAUCACAUCCCCUAGCCAAACACAUUAUCGAAUUCCAGAUGCAAACACUACGCAGCCAAAUGCGACCUCUGUUUUUUUUUUUGAGGUGUAAAUGCGACCUCUCUGUUCUACCUUUGCCUACUGCUGGUGCCAUGUCUUCUUCUCUUGGAAGAAGCACAUGCAGCGCACCAUCAAGGAAUCUCGCCGAGGUCUCAACGCACGGCCCUCCUCCACUGGAAAGCUACACUUGCAGGCCCGGCGCUGCAGAUGAGCUCUUGGCAGGAAAACACCAGCCCCUGCAACUGGACGGGCAUCAUGUGCACGGUUGUUCACAUUUGCCGCCGCAUGCCCUGGGUGGUGACCAACAUCUCGCUGCCGGGUGCUGGCAUCCGUGGCCAGCUUGGUGAGCUCAACUUCUCUGCUCUUCCAUUCCUCGCAUAUAUUGACCUCAGCAACAACAGUCUCCAUGGUCCAAUACCAGCUAAUAUCAGCUCUCUAUCAUUACUUUCUUAUCUUAACCUAUACUUGAACUAUAUCAAAGGACAAAUUCCAUGCAACAAAUUGUCAGGUUUUCGUCCUCAAGAAUUCGGAGAUCUCAUAAACCUUGUUCAACUUGUGCUCUCGUACAACUCAUUUUCAGGACCUUUACCCGCAAAUAUAUGUUCAGGUGGCAGACUUCAAUAUCUCAUUGUCACUUCCAAUAUCCUCAAUGGCUCCAUUCCAAGGAGUUUAAAGACAUGUACGAGUUUGGUUCAGCUUCAGCUUCAGGAGAACCAACUAACAGGAGAUAUAUCUCAGCAUUUGGGUGUGUAUCCACAACUCAUAAAGAUGAUCUUGGCAUCAAAUAGAUUCUUUGGGCAGAUCCCACCAAAUCUAGGUGCAUCUACCAAACUAACGGUACUACAUCUAGCACAAAAUAUGAUUACAAGUUCCAUACUUACAAUCCUUUCCAAAUUGUCAAACCUAGUAGAACUAAAACUCGAUUAUAACUAUCUCAGCGGUGAGGUGCCACCAGAAAUCUGCAGUUUAGCAAAUCUAUAUAAACUGACCCUAUCAUCGAACCAAUUAUCUGGAUCCAUACCUACACUGAUAGGAAAUCUGAGCAAUUUAGGAUACCUUGAUAUAUCUGGGAACAGACUGAGUGGAUUGAUACCUGAGGAACUAGGGGGCUGCACAAAACUGCAAUCCUUGAAGAUCAACAACAACAGCUUCAGUGGAAGUUUGCCCGGUGCCAUUGGAAAUUUAGCAGGCUUGCAGAUCAUGUUAGAUGUGAGCAACAAUAACCUCAGUGGUGUGUUGCCGCAACAACUUGGCAAGUUGCAGAUGCUAGAAUUUCUGAAUUUAUCACAUAAUCAGUUCAAUGGCAGCAUUCCAUCCUCCUUUGCAAGUAUGGUGAGCAUUUCAACACUCGAUGUGUCCUACAAUGACUUGGAAGGACCAGUCCCAACAACACGCCUACUCCAAAAUGCUUCAGCAAGUUGCUUUCUUCCUAAUAAAGGUCUGUGUGGUAGCAUCUCUGGCCUGCCACCUUGUUAUUCAAUCCCAGUAGCUGCUCACCAAAAAGGAAAGAUACUUGGUUUGCUUUUGCCAAUUGUUCUUGUGGUUGGUUUCGGAGUUGUUGAUGUGACUGUUGUCAUAAUAAUACUUACUCAUAAGAGGAGAAAACCACAAGAAAGUGUCACUGCUGAAGCAAGGGACCUAUUCUCUAUUUGGAAUUUCGACGGAAGAUUAGCAUUUGACGAUAUUGUAAGGGCAAUAGAAGACUUCGAUGAUAAGUACAUCAUUGGAACAGGAGGAUACGGCAAAGUCUACAAGGCACAACUCCAAGACGGGCAGCUGGUUGCUGUGAAGAAGCUUCAUCAGACCGAAGAAGGGUUGGAUGAUGAAAGAAGAUUUCACAGUGAAAUGGAAAUUUUAUCACACAUCCGUCAACGAAGCAUUGUCAAAAUGUAUGGAUUCUGCUCCCAUCCAGUGUAUAAAUUUCUCGUCUACGAGUACAUUAAGCAGGGAAGCCUCCACGGGACAUUGGAAAAUGACGAGCUAGCAAAGGAAUUAGAUUGGCAGAAGAGAAUUACUCUUGCAACUGAUGUGGCUCAGGCAAUAUCUUAUUUGCACCACGAAUGCAGUCCACCUAUAAUCCAUCGAGAUGUCACGAGCAACAACAUUUUACUUGAUACAUCCUUCAAGGCUUUUGUCUCGGAUUUUGGCACAGCAAGGGUUCUUAAGCCUGAUUCGUCAAACUGGAGUGCACUAGCAGGAACGUAUGGCUACAUAGCUCCUGAACUGUCAUACACAUCUGUUGCAACAGAGAAAUGUGAUGUCUAUAGCUUUGGGGUAGUUGUGUUAGAGCUAAUGAUGGGCAAGCAUCCAAGGGAUCUAUUAGAGGGUAGUCUUUCUAACAGCGAACAAUCCAUGAUGGUGAAAGAUAUUCUGGACCAACGGCCGACAACACCAAUAACAACAGAAGAGAAUAGCUUAGCUCUGCUCAUCAAGCUGGUCUUAUCUUGUUUGGAAUCUUCUCCCCAAGCAAGGCCAACCAUGCAGGAGGCAUACCAAACACUCAUCCAGCAACCACAUUCUAGUUCUCGUUCCGUGCCUUUCAGCACGCUUAUAUUACAUCAAGGGAUGCAUGUUGACAUAAGGUCUGAAUCCUAGUGAGAAACCAGGGUCUGCCAAAGCAGACGCCGAUUCAGAAUUCAAUUUUUUACUCAAGUCACUCAUACACCACCUAUAUAUACCUGAGUUGACGACUCAUUGCAAGUCUAUGUAUUUGUAGAUUCUCCUGAUACAACAAAACAUGACCGUUGUUUGCCCGUGGUUUCCCGCAAGGGUUUUCCACGUAAAAAUGUGUGUCCAGUCCUGUGUUCUUGAUAUUUCUCUGUUUAUUUGCUUGCUGAUUUCUAAUAAUGCAUAAAUAUAAUUUGGUUUGCGGGAUACUUAUGUUGGUUAAAGACUGUACUGUAGACAUAGUAUCCACGUGUGACACUUUCUUUCGGCUGGUGUCUCCAGGGUACUUAAAAUGUGUCCUAAUAUUUGUCUCUUUUUAUCUACUAUUGCUCUCAUAACCUAAAGAUUGAAAAAAAAAUCAAAACUGGCGCAGUACCAUGUAGUCCUGCGUUAUUUAUUCCAUAUAUGGGAAUCAAGAUAAAUUAUCUUGGACCAAGCAGGAACAAUCACAAUGCAUAAACGGAACCAAAUGAAUGUAAGCACAUUGGAGAUAGUGCAUAAAAAAGAGAAGUACCGCAAUAUACUAAGUAAAAGGACUUACAGAGGGUUGUAGGGCAGGAGUAUGUAGUAUUUUUCCUUAUUAUUAUUGCUCCCAUGAACCUGAAGGUGAAAAAAUGGAAUCCGAAACUGACACAUUAUCAUGUCAUCCCGCUUUAUUGUUAUCUGGGUAUCAAAGUAAAAUACUUUUUUACCAAGCAGGAAUGAUCAAAAUGGUCAAGUGUUCGAUGCGUAAACGGAACAAAUGAAUGUGAACACGUGGAUAUAGGUGCAUAAAACAAGAAAAGUACAACUGUACUAGGUAAAAAGAGCUUACGGAGGAUUGUAGGGCAC